GCGUGUAUAAUCAAACUGAAUACUCAAACAGAUCUGCAUUAUGUUGUAAAGAUUCCGGACAUGGACCAACAAGGGUGAGGAUUAACAGUGCUAAGUCAUUCGGAAGAAUUGUUUAACGCUAUCCAAAUAGCGGCGUUUGGAACACGAAAAGACCCACUAAGCAGAUAAUUUCCGAUAGAGUCGAGCUCAUGAACCGUCAAUCAACUGUGUGUUACGUUGAAUGAAGAUAUCUCCGUGGCGAGGUUAACAAUACCGCCAUUGAUGUCGAGGCCUAUUCAAAUUGAUCCAGCGUUGUCUACGCACGCAGUCGACCGGCAUGCGGUACUUACUUGAGAAUUAAAUAACUUAAAUAUCAAAACUUAUUGAUAAUCGCAUACUUACCUGAAACUUGUAGGAUAAUCUGGACUCCGAGAAAUGUCCCGUGUUUCGAUUUACAGGCUGUAUAAGCAGUCUGUGCUUUCUUUCAAAAAAUCUUAUAGGUAGACUUCGUUCUCUUAGAAAUUUAAGUAAAAUAAUACAUACCUAUAUUUGGAGAUGAAUAGAGCCGCUUGUUCCUUCUAUAGAUUUUUCGUCUUUACCACCUGAUUACUGCAUGUUUAAACAAUAAUCAAGAAGCAGUUCGUACAAUUUUAGUAAAUACAUACAUUGUUAACGCGAAUAUUACAUACCUAUAUCAGUUUGCAAAAAAAAACAACACUGGUACCGAACUCAUUAUUUCAUGGUCAUGAAACAAGUAACAAUACGUCCCUCCAUAAAUAAAACAAAAAGAACGUCAUUGGGGCGUGUUGCGUUAGUUAAUGAACACCUUAUAUCUGCAUACAGGGGCGAUACAAGCGAGGGUGACGUAGUAGAUAAUCGCCGAGUAAUCUGUGCCCGGGGAGGUCUUUGCCCAGUAGUGCGUGACUGGCCCUCGCACAAUCACAUGUAACAAACUUAAUUAAUUCAAAUUGUCACUUAAAUCAUUUUGAGAUGAUCAAAAAACAUCCUACAAAUUAUCCUGAUUGCUGUGAGACUUUAACGGUGUUUAUUCGGAUCUGGUAAUGGUAUAUUAUAAUUUUAUGAUCGAAUGCAAAUCAUUAUAAUGGGAUUUUCUGAAAACCAAUCUUAUGUUAGCGCCGUAUUUUACCCUAAAACAUUUUUGUCCUUAAACUAUGUAGUUUCAAUAUUUAAUUUGUAGCGAUACGUAAAUAAUGGAAUGCAAUUAACUUUGUUCUCUAAUAAGCAGUACUAAUUAGUUGACAUUAUUUAUCCUAUUUACAUUUUUAUGUGCUCACAUGUAAAUGAUUAUGUCGCGUUAUGAAUAAUCAAAACGUGUAAGAUGUUUUAAUGUAAGUAGGCAUUAUAGAAAUCGUUUGGCCGUCUCAAUUAAGAUCACUAAAUUACGGUCGCCUGAACGGAAAUAACAAUUGGCUCUACCUAAACAUCCGACACAAAACUUAGUCACUGGUUUAUUUUAAUUUGUCCAUGAACUAGUGCAAGCGCUUGCGGAAUAAUUUCUCCACCGCUGUAGACGGUGCACUACAACUAACUGAUAUAAAUAGGCAAUCAAUGUAUCAGAGGUCAGUCACAACCGGACUUCCUCUCAGGAUCUACCUUCAGAGGAAGUACAACAAUUAGAGAAGGAGUACACCUCUACUUGAAUCAUGAAGGUGCUUCUAGUAUUCGGCGUGCUGUGCCUGGCCGCCUUGUGCGCCAGCUACGAAGCUAAGGACGAGGACCAGGCGGUGGCUGCGUCCGGACACCACCACGAGCAUGGCGGCGGGCACGAGCACCAUGCCCACCACCAUCACGAGCACGGCGGCAAGGGACACAAAGGACACAAGGGACAUCACCACCACCACAAGGGUGAUCACGGUCACCAUGGCAAACAUCACCAUGAAGGACACCACCACGAACAUGGCGGCGGACACAAGAAGCACUGGGACGAGCACGACCACCACGGUGAACACCACGAACAUGGACACCACCACAAGGGAGAGAAACACGGCCACAAGGAGCACCACGACAAGGGAGAGCACGUCGACGGGUACCACAAGAAGUACCACAAGGAUCACUUCCACAAGGACCACCACUUCCACGACGGACACCACCACGAAGGCAAACACCACAAGCACGGACAUCACCACAAACACCAUGAAGGUCAUGGCGGUCACCACAAGAAGGGCGGUCACCACCACUCCGGCCACCAUGAGGGCCACCACGGCAAACAUGGCCACCACGACAAGCACCACUACGACGAAGACCACCACGGCCACAAGGGACACCACGGACAUGAAGAACACCACCACCACCACCAUGAUCAUGGCAAGAAGGGAGGCCACGAAGACCACAAACACUGGGGCUUCCACCAUGGAAAACAUUAACGCUUUAAUGCAGACUUGUUGUUAUGAAUUACUGUUAAACAUGGAAAUUGUUAUUGUUGUUUAUAUUUUUAUACGAAGUAAAUAAUUUUUCACAAA